GGGCUGAGCCAGAUACUUUGAAUUGCUUGGAUCAUCACCAUGUCUUUCACUGGCACCCAGGACAAGUGCAAUGCAUGCAACGAGACGGUCCAUUUCAUCGAUCUCUUGACAGCUGAUGGAGUCCCUUAUCACAAGACUUGCUUCAAGUGCAGCCACUGCAAAGGAACUCUUUCUAUGUGCAGCUACUCUUUCAUGGAUGGCAUCCUCUACUGCAAGCCUCAUUUUGAGCAGCUGUUCAAGGAGACAGGCAGCUUCACCAAAAAAGUUCCCAGCAGGACUCCAAACAAGGUCUCCUCCAUGUUCUCUGAAACCCAGGACAACUGUGCCAGCUGCAGGAAAACAGCGUACCCCUUGGAGAAGCUGACCGUGGAAGGUGAGUCGUACCACAAGACCUGCUUCGGGUGCUCCCAUGACGGUUGCACUCUCACGCCCUCCUCCUACGCCGCCCUCGACAGCAUCCUCUACUGCAAGCACCACUUCGCGCAGCUGUUCAAGGAGAAGGGGAGCUACAACCACCUAGGCCGGGUGGCUUCUUUGAAGCGGAGCUCUGAACCUGUGAGCAAUAAUAAGCGACUGCACCCACUGUAA